CAAUCAGAGACAAUCAGCCAUGAAAUGAAUAAAACAGCAAUGCGUAAACAAGAACUGGAAAGUCCUCCGCCCCCUUCCCCAUCCUCUCAAAUGAAAGCAGUUCCGUAUUCCGUGCCGCUACUACAACCAUCACUUUCGACAGCCCAAAAUCGUUCAAGCCUGUUUGUAAAAAUCAGUGCGCAUCAUCAACAUGAACCCACGAUGUGUAGAAGGUCUGUCUUAAGGGCAUUUUCCAUGAUGUCAUGAAGGAAGAAAAGGCCAGGGGCCCUUCAGCAGAAUACUGCAGUUGAGCCACAGAGUGACUAAAGCUGCAUUCCACUUCAUCCUUACACCAUCUGUUUUUCCUUCAUCCCUCCUUUGGUAACUUGAUAAUGACAUCACAUAGGAAACACCUGGUGAGGGACUUCAACCAUUUCAUCACCUGUUAUAUCUGUAAAGGGUACUUGAUCAAGCCCACCACCGUGACAGAGUGCCUGCACACCUUUUGUAAAAGCUGUAUAGUCCAGCAUUUUGAAGACAGCAAUGAUUGCCCAAAAUGUGGUAUCCAGGUUCAUGAAACAAAUCCCUUGGAGAUGUUAAGGCUGGACAACACUCUAGAAGAAGUCAUUUUCAAACUUGUGCCUGGUCUUAGAGAAAAGGAACAGCAGCAAGAGAUUGAAUUCUGGAGAAGAAACAAAUUGAAAGAAAGUCCUGAUGCUAUGAUUUGUCUUUUUCCAGAGGAUGGCCCUAUAUGUAAGAAGGCCCGAUUGGAUGAAGAUGAUGAUGUUAAAUGUGAUAGAGACUACCACAGGAGUGAUCCGCAAAUAGCCAUCUGUCUAGACUGCUUGCGUAAUAAUGGGCAAAUGGGAGAGAACAUUGUUAAGGGCUUAAUGAAAAAAUUUAUUCGCUGCUCAACAAGAGUUACUGUUGGAACAAUCAAGAAGUUUUUAAGUCUGAAGUUAAAGCUUCCCAGUUCUUAUGAGCUAGAUGUUCUAUGCAAUGGUGAGAUCAUGGGUAAAGACCACACCAUGGAGUUUAUCUACAUGACCCGCUGGAGGCUUCGGGGAGAAAAUGCCUGCCCAAUGGUACUUGAAUAUCGACCACGCAUUGACUUUGGCUAGGUUCAAAUGUCCUGCACUAAUUUCAGUCUAUCACCAGACAGCGAAUUGAAUGGACGUGUGCAGUUCUAAAGAUAUACUCUACCCGUCUCUUCUGUUUAAUUACUUUGGCUCACUUUAUUGGGAUCAGUUAGUGCAUAGAAGCCACAGGGAUUUGUGUGUUGUGGUUCAUUUACCAAAGUGACAUAAAAGUCAUGUUAAAGGGAAUUUACCAAUUUGCAUAUGAUGGCAUCUCCUUUUUUUAAAAAAGUCAUGAUAUAAAAAUCUCACGUAUAUGCGGCAGUGCCUUUUCACAUACAUCAUCUUAUAAAGAGCUGUGGACAGAUGUUUUAUAAAAAUUUAUAAAGAGGUAUUUUUGAAGAAUUUUUCCUUUUGUGUUCAACAGAAGGAACAAAGUCAUACAGGUUUUGAAAAACACGAGAGUGAGUGAAUGAUGACAGAAUGUUCAUAUUUAGUGGUUUAAUAUUAUAAGUCUCCUGAUGUUUAAAGCGUUGGGCUGGUCCAGAGCCUCCAACAUCCUCCAAGGGUUUGAAACUGGUCUGUUUUUGAUUUUGCCCACUUAAGGUAUUUUAUUUAUUAUAGGCCAUACCUCUGUGCUCACACAAAUGCCUUUUCUUUUGAGGGUUUUGGUGACUUUUCUGCACAUUUGCCUCAUUUUUAAAAAUAAAUGUGAAAUUAACUUAGCUAAAUAUGUUGAGUAGAGGUUUUACAAUGUCUGGCAUCCUAAUUGAGAAAAUAGUUGAGCUUUACUGUCAUUUGUCAUUAUUUUGUGGUUUAUGGUUGACAGGCAAUUAGUUAAAAACUGUCUCACAAUUUGUAGUAGUCUGCCCCCCUCCCAUCCCCAAAUUAUAGAAAGGGUAUAAUGUUCAUAAUUGCUCUUUUGAAUAUUGAGUCAUGCCUGCCUGUUUUAUGUCACAAUACAAUUUAAUGUCAGUAAAUCCUGAAUCAAAAAAUGACAAAGUAAAGGAAGUAUUCAUAGUUUAUACUUGCAAAAUAAAAUUAAAGCAUUUACUUGACCACAUACACAGGCUUCAUUACAGUAUAUUAGUCUAGUUGUAUUACACCAAAGACACUCUACAUCAUGUACACAUGGGAUACAUGCUAAAAACUGUUUGUCUUACCUUACAACUAUACUUAUAAACAGAGGCCAUGUGGCAAAACUUGAAUUUCUGUGCAUGGAACAAAAGUACCUAAUUUCCCAAACACAGUUCAGAAUUUUUCCCCCAGUACUUUUUUUUUUAAUGUCUUCACAAAUCUCCCUAAAAUUUACUUCUGUAGAAUCACACAAAUUCAGUUUGAAAGAAAUCUUAAGCAACAAGCAAGGUCCUUUUAAAAAAAAGCAAAGAAAGGAAAACGAAAAUAUUAUUUUGCUAUUGUUUUCACAUUAAAGAAGUUGACUUUGAAGUAUAAAAUAAUGUGUUUAAGUGGAAGCCGAAUAAUAUGUGUUUAGAAUAGGCUCUUGAAUGUCCUUGUGCUGCAAUGAUCAGUAUGUAUUUUUGUAAAGAGCCCUUGUAGAUAUUUAAAACAAUGGAAAUGUAUGUUAUAUGUUUAACAAACAUGCUGCUUAGAAUAAUCUAUUCUAUUUUUCAAAGCCCCUGAGGUGAUUCCUAUAGAGAUUAGAAAUGCGUAUAUGACAGUUAUUGUAUUUCUGUGUCUUUGUUCAGAAGAAAAAUAAACUCAUGAUUAUUGAUGUUA